AUGUCAUCGUCCACAGUACCUUCGAAGAGCAGUAUUCCCAAGACCCCCAAAGAAUGGGAAACACGUGUAACCACGUUACGAGUCUCGGACGUCCCGAUGAGCCAGCUUAAAAAGGUUGACUCGGCGUCGAAGAUGACAGAACAGCAGUUUGUCUGCCUAAGAUCUGCUUGUGGGUUGGUUGUGCUGGGGCUGAUUUCUGAUUAG